AUGACCAUCACUGACGCGGCAAGGAACAAAUUCUACGGUGACCUGCACUCCCUUCUGUCGACUGUGUUAAAGGCAGACAAGCUUGUUGUCCUUGAUGACUUCAACGCCCGCGUCGGCACAGACCAUGCUGCCUGGAGAGGAGUGCUGGGUCCUCACGGAAUCGCCAGCUGCAACGACAAUGGCCUCCUUCUCCUGCGGACCUGCGCUGAACACCGCCUCCUUCUGACCAACACCUUCCACCUUCCAACGCUGGAGGAGGCCACCUAG